AGUAUCACUAUAAGUUCAUAGAAACAGAGGAGAAGAUUUGAAUCACGAAAAGUAUUAUCUCAAGAAGCUGUGCUGCUGAUAGAAACAUGGUUAACAGUAACAGCAGUACCACCCUAGCGAGAGCACUUGACUAAAUUCAUAUUGCAACAAAGUCGCAAUUAAUUUUCAUAGUCAAUGACGACGAGUUGGUGGGAACUAAAGGGAACUAUUCAUUUUGCUAUCACCUUCAUCUAUCACUCUCAGAAGAAGAAUUGUAUUAUAAUCCCCCCAUUUGAUAUCCUAGAAAUUGCGUGGAAGUUGUUAAUCCCCACAUGACAUUAUUCUAAGUCCUAACACCAUCAGUAUAAUAGCCCUUGACCCAUGACAUUAUCUUGAAACCAAUUUUCUUAGGAUUGGGACAUGUGUAGACAUUUGCCAAUUGCCAUGCGAUGUGGUUUCCACAAUUGUGACAAAUAAAAUGAUCUGAAUUUACCUGCUCAAUAACUGAUCUAAACUUGACCUGAAUUCUGUUUCAAGCUUGGAUACUUUGGUGGGAUUGCAGUUGUUGAUUGAAUCUGAGUAUCGUAGAUUCUGCACUUGAUCAAACUCAUCAUCCGAUAAAUUGGCUAGGGUUAAGUUUGAUCUUUAUUGAACCAGGGGCAGUUUAAAUCCGAAAACAACAAGUCUUUAUCCUUAACUUUUGGCAUCAGCUAUAUGAAUCUUAUGUUAACAGCUGCCUUUAAUCAAGUUCUUUCAGGCCUAACUCUAUCAUCGUACUAUUUGGUAAUUAGAAUCUUAUUAUUUCUACUAACUAGUGCAUUCAGUUGUCUCCAUAACACAUGCUCAAAUCAUCUCAUUCGGUAUUUCACUUUACUCUCAAUGGGAGUUAUAUCUAUCUUUCUACGAAAAAUCUAUCUUAAGUUUUGCAUAUUGAGUUCAUAUUUUUAAACUAAUUUUUAUCUUGUCUUCAGCGUUUGAUCCAAAGUUUGAGAUCCAUGCAUAUUCAUUAGAACAUCAAGUUUAAUAGACUAAUUGACGAGGUGUGAUCCUAAAAUAAAUUUGUUCUGUAAGGAUUCACGUCUGUUAACCUGAUACUAACAACUAGGGUAAUCCCUUUCCCUCGUUGACUUGUUCAUGAUUAUGUGGACAUUUAUUUGCUAAAGGAAUGUUGAUAUCUUUAGCCAGAUCCUUUUGGAUUCCGUAAGCCAGCUCAUUUAUGGUUCAAUUCCUGCGAACACGGAUCAAAGCUUAACGGAUAAAGCCCGACCCGACCCGUUAUCAAACCCAAAACAACUACUUUUCUUUGACCAUUCAAGCAAUAGCGUUUCUAACUACUAAGACCGGGUGGACGCGGGUUGAAAAGAAGCAGACAGCGACCCCACGUGAUGAAAGUUGGUGAUCAUUAAACUUAAAACGUGUUGUUUUGUGUUAACGCCACGCUUGACCGAUUCCAAAAUCUAACCCCCAAUUCUCCACAUUGACCACGUGCUUCAAAAACAAGCGGGCAGUCCCACUGUCUAAAAUCUAGUCCUUUUGUCCUAAAUUAUAUAUUAGCAAAGGCAUCAGAAUCCUAAUAAUCAUAAACCGAUCGCUACCAAAAAUGGACCUCUUCUCUCCUUCCUCCUCCCCUCCUCAACAAGAGAUGUGCCCGUGGGACUUCUCACCGGAGCUCUUGGAUUUCAUCGGUGCCAGCUCCGACGUUCUUUCUCCUCUGUCAGAGUACUCCGGCAUUCUUUCUCCUCUGUCAGAGCAACCGUCUGCUGUGCCUCGUAGCGCAUUUGUGAGCUACACCAGACCGGAGUUUCAUGAUUCGUCAGACUUCUUGAGCUCACAGGCAAAUAAGAAAAAGAACAUUCAUCUUAGAAUGAUUGAUCUCUUACGAAGAAUUCCAAGAGAUCGACUGGAAGCUAGGACUGGUGAGUAUAGCCCAGGGUUUCGACAUAUGAUGAGAGAGAGGCAGAGGAGAGAGAGGUUGAGCCAGAGCUAUGCUGAUUUGCAUUCCAUGCUUCCCUAUAGAUCAAAGGGUGAUAAGAACUCGAUAGUACAGUCGGCAGCUCUUUAUGUUAAAGAGCUCAAAGGAGUGAAGGAGGAGCUAUUAAAGCGCAAUGAGGAGCUCAGGAUCAAAAGUGUGGAAAAUUCAAGUUUAGGAGGGGAAAAGAUCAAGAUUAGACUGGAUCCAGCGUCUACCCUUGAUUCCAUGAUUGGUGCUCUUCAAUGCUUGAAGUCCAUGGAUGCUAAGGCUAGAGCUAUUCAAACCGAGUUUUCUGGCAAUGAGUUGAUGGCCAUCAUCAACAUUGAGAGCAAGGUUGGGUCAAAUGAGCUGGAAAGAGCUUUGAUGGAAACUUGCCGAUAGAAAAAAAAAUUAAUUCCAUAUUUCUGUUUCCCGGAAGCAGCUAAUUUGGCACGUGAAUAAUGCUUAAUUUUGGGUCCUAAUCAAGUGAUUAAUUUUAUUUUCCAACUAGCAUGUUCUCAAUUUUCCCCCUCUUUUCUCCCCUCUUCCUGACAAGGGUUGUUGAAUGCUGACUUAUCAUGGGCCCCUCAUCUUUUCUUUCUUAUUUUUUAGCCAAGGGAAAAAAAUAAGGAUAAUCAAAUGCUGACGUUAUGAUUUGGUGGCUCCUAUUGUCAUCUCAAAUGUGUACUUGAAAUUUACUUUUUCUUGUAUCAAUUCGAAGCUUAUGAAAACUA